AUGUUGGCAUAUGGUGUUCCAGCAGAUGCCACAGAUGAGUAUAUUAGAAUUGGAGAGUCCACUGCAAUUGAAAGCAUGAAAAGGUUCUGUCGAGCUAUGGUUGAGAUAUUUAGCGAGCAGUAUCUCAGAAGGCCAACAUCAAAUGAUAUUUCUAGACUUCUUUAUGUUGGCCAGAAACGAGGAUUUCCUGGAAUGUUAGGCAGUUUAGAUUGUAUGCAUUGGAAGUGGAAAAAUUGUCCAACCGCGUGGGCUAGACAAUAUACAGGCCGUAGUGGAAAACCUAAAAUCAUUCUCGAAGUUGUAGCAGAUUAUGAUCUUUGGAUAUGGCACGCAUAUUUUAGUUUGUCAGGCACCAACAACGAUAUAAAUGUGUUAGAGUCAUCUCAUUUGUUCUCGGAUCUAACUCAAUGUAUUUCUCCUCCAGUUCAUUAUGUAAUCCAAGGAAAAGAAUAUAACACGGGCUAUUAUUUAGCUGAUGGCAUAUAUCCAAAAUGGUCUACUAUUGUGCAAACAAUUCAUGAGCCUCGUGGUCCGAAGAAAAAAUAUUUUGCAAUGAAACAAGAAGCAUGUAGAAAAGACGUUGAACGUGCAUUUGGAGUUCUUCAAUCACGUUUUGCCAUUGUAGCAGGACCGGUACGAUGUUGGAGAAAAGAAGUGAUGCAUGAUAUAAUGACUACGUGCAUAAUUUUGCAUAAUAUGAUUGUUGAGGAUGAACGUGACCUUACUGCACCUAUUCAAAUUGAAACGGAAACGCUUUCACCGGAGGUCGAAAUGGUGAUAGAUGAAAAUACUCGAUUUCAAGAUUUCAUUUCUCGAUAUGGAAAAAUUAGAAACAGAGAAGCUCACAUAGAACUUCGUAAUGCAUUAAUUGAUCAUCUGUGGGAGAAGUACACCAAUUCCGAGAAUUGA